AUCUCCCAUAUAUUGGGGUCUUAACAGACGUAAGCGCUGUUUUGUUCUGUACAGCAAUUCAAAUCGAUUGUUUAUCUAACGUUUGUUUACAAUUUUACUAGCUAGCCAGCAUAUGGCUUCCACUUUAUUAUCACCGAUGGUAGAUUAUUACAAUGAUGAAGAAGAACUUGAUAGUGUGGACGAGGACGAUGAUCGAAGCUUCAGGGGAAUAGACUCGGAAGAAGACACUGAAGACGCCAGUGAAACUGACUUAGCGAAACACAACAAGGAUGACUAUGUGGAAAUUAAAGAACAGAUGUACCAAGACAAGUUGGCAUCGUUGAAAAUGCAGUUGACGCAGCUCCAAGAAGGAACACUUCAGGAGUACCAGAAGAGACUGAAGAAGCUGGACCAGCAAUAUAAAGAGAGACUUCGCAAUGCUGAUCUCUUCCUCCAACUCGAGACGGAACAGGUGGAGAGGAACCACAUCAAAGAGAAAAAAGCGGCGGUGAAGGAGUUUGACGAUAAGAAGGUUGAGCUGAAGGAAAAUUUAAUUGCUGAGCUUGAGGAGAAAAAGAAGAUGAUAGAGAAUGAGAAAUUAACAAUGGAGUUGACCGGCGAUUCUAUGGAGGUGAAACCCAUCAUGACCCGGAAGUUGAGGAGGAGGCCCAACGAUCCAGUCCCCAUUCCAGACAAACGGAGGAAACCUGCACCUGCUCAGUUAAACUAUUUACUAACAGACGAACAGAUAAUGGAAGAUCUGCGAACACUGAACAAGCAGCUGAAGUCCCCCAAGCGCCCAGUGUCUCCGUCUUCUCCAGACCAUAUGCCCACCACUCCAGUAGAGGCCCCUUCACAGCGCUAUGAAGCCCGCAUCGAAGAAGGAAAGCUCUACUAUGACAAGAGAUGGUACCAUAAGGGCCAAGCCAUCUACCUGGAGUCCAAAGAGAAUACCAAGAUCAGCUGUGUCAUCAGCUCUGUGGGAACAAACGAGAUCUGGGUGAGGAAGACCAGUGACAGCACAAAGAUGAGGAUCUACCUCGGACAACUGCAGAGAGGAGCGUUUGUCAUCCGACGGCGGUCGGCGGCAUAGAACACAUGCCUCUACUGUUUCUCCACCCAUCUCUAUAGCAUCUUCCUCGUUCUAUCCCUUUUUCUAAGUAAAGUAUGUGGCUUCCCUCAUGUUGAUCCCCCGUCCUACUCUGUGCCUGAGGAAGUUUCCUCAAUGACUUCCUGAUGUUUCAACUAGGGAUGCACCGAUAUAACGUUUUUGCCCAAUAUCGUUAUUUUCCUUGCCAAAUAAACCGAUACCCGAUAUAAAAAAAAUGUGCUGCCUUUUAAGCAUUCUAGUACAGUUAACUAUUUAACACGCACAUGGGCGCAGUGGUCUAAGGCACUAUAUCUCAGUGCAAGUGGUGUCACUACAGUCCCUGGUUCGAAUCUAGGCUGCAUCACAUCUGGCAAUGAUUGGGAGUCCCAUAGGGCGGUGCACAAUUGACCCAGUGUCUCCGGGGUAGGGCGUCAUUGUAAAUAAGAAUUUGUUCUUAACUGACUUGCCUAGUUAAAGGUUACACACACACACACCUUUACCGCCCUACUCUUCUGCACACACCAAGAUAAAGCAAAGCAGUGCGACAAACACAACAGUUACACAUAAACGUACAGUCAAUAACAUGAUGAUUUUUCUAAUGUACAAUGUGCAUAUGUAGAAGAGUAGGGCGGUAAAGGCAAUAAAUAAGCCAUAGAGGCGAAAUAUUUACAAUUUAGCAUUAACACGGGAGUGAUGGAUGUGCAGAUUAUGAAUGUGCAAGUAGAGAUACUGGGGUGCAAGAGGGUAAGUAAUAAUAUGGGGAUGAUGUAGUUGGAUGUGCUAUUUACAGAUUGGCUGUGUACAGGUACAGUGAUUGGUAAGCUGCUCUGACAGCUGAUGCUUAAAGUUAGAGAGGGAGAUAUAGGACUCCAGCUUCAGUGAUUUUUGCAAUUCGUUCCAGUCAUUGGCAGCAGAGAACUGGAAGGAAAGCUGGCCAAAGGAGGUGUUGGCUUUGGGAAUGACUACUGCAAUAUACCUGCUAGAGCGUGUGCUACGGGUGGGUGUUGCUGUGGUGACCAGUGAGCUGAGGUAAGGUGGGGCUUUACCUAGCAAAGACUUAGAUGACCUGGAUCCAGUGGGUUUGGUGACGAAUAUGUAGUGAGGGCCAGCCAACGAGAGCAUACAGGUUGCAGUGGUGGGUGGUGACAAAACAGAUUGCACUGUGAUAGACGACAUCCAAUUUGCUGAGUAGAGUGUUGGGGGCUAUUUUGUAAAUGACAGCACCGAAGUCAAGGAGCGGUAGGAUAGUUUUACAAGGGUAUUUUUGGCAGCAUGAGUGAAGGAGGCUUUGUUGCGAAAUAGGAAGCCGAUUCAGAUUUCAUUUUGGAUUGGAGAUGUUUAAUGUGAGUCUGGAAGGAGAGUUUACAGUCUAACCAUACACUUAGGUAUUUGUAGUUGUCCACAUAUUCUAAGUCAGAACCGUCCAGAAUAGUGAUGCUAGUCGGGAGGGAGGGUGCGGGCAGAAAUCGGUUGAAGGGCAUGCACUUAGUUUUACUAGCUUUUAAAAGCAGUUGGAGUCCACGGAAGGAGUGUUGUAUGGCGUUGAAGGUCUUUUGGAGUUUUGUUAGCACAGUGUAAAGAAGGGCCGGAUGUAUACAGAAUGGUGUCGUCUGCGUAGAGGUGGAUCAGAGAAUCACCAGCAAGAAGAGCGAUGACGUUGACAUAUACAGAGAAAAGAGUCGGCCCGAGAAUUGAACCCUGUGGCACCCCCAUAGAGACUGCCAGAGGUCCGUGCAACAGGCCCUCCGAUUUGACACACUGAACUCUAUCUGAGAAGUAGUUGGUGAACCAGGCGAGGCAGUCAUUUGAGAAGCCAUGGCUAUUGAGUCUGCCGAUACAAAUGCGGUGAUUGACAGAGUCGAAAGCCUUGGCCAGGUUGAUGAAGACGGCUGCACAGUACUGUCUUUUAUCGAUGGCGGUUUUAGACCUUUAGCGUGGUUGAGGUGCACCCAUGACCAGCUCAGAAACCAGAUUGCAUAGUGGAGAAGGUACGGUGGGAUUCGAAAUGGUCGGUGAUCUGUUAAUUUAACUUGGCUUUCGAAGAUUUUAGAAAGGCAGGGCAGGAUGUAUAUAGGUCUAUAACAGUUUGGGUCUAGAGUGUCUCCCGAUUUUAAAAGGCAGCCUUCCGAUCUUUGGUGAACUCAGACGAUACGAAAGAGGUUGAAUAGGCUAGUAAUAGGGGUUGCAACAAUUUCGGCUGAUAAUUUUAGUGUCCAGAUUGUCUAGCCCAGCUGAUUUGUAGGGAUCCAGAUUUUGCAGUUCUUUCAGAACAUCAGCUGUCUGUAUUUGGGUGAAGGAGAAGCAGGGGUUUGGGCAAGUUGCUGCAGGAAGUGCUGAGAUGUUGGCCGGGGUUGGGGUAGCCAGUUGGAAAGCAUGGCCUGCUGUAGAAAAGUGCUUAUUGAAAUUCUCGAUUAUCUUAGAUUUUGCUACGGUGACAGUGUUUCCUAUCCUCAGUGCAGUGGGCAGCAAGGAGGAGGUGCUCUUAUUCUCCAUGGACUUUAGUGUCCCAAAACAUUUUGGAAUUAGUGCUACAGGAUGCAAAUUUAUGUUUGAAAAACCUAUCCUUAGCUUUCCUAACUGACUGAGUAUAUUGGUUCCUGACUAUUCCUGACUUCGACGCUAAUGCAGAACGCCACAGGAUGUUUUUGUGCUGGUCAAGGGCAGUCAAGUCUGGAGUGAACAAGGGCUAUAUCUGUUCUUAGUUCAAAUUGUUUUUGAAUGGGGCAUGCUUAUUUAAGAUGGUGAGGAAAGCACUUUUAAAGUGCAACUUGUCAUCUUCAACUGAUGGGAUGAGGUCAAUAUCCUUCCAGGAUACCCGGGUCAAGUCGGUCGUCUAGUGCAUUCAAAUCAGAGGGUAAGAGGAGCAGAUUUCUGGGCACGAAGAAUAGAUUCAAGGCAUAAUGUACAGACAAGGGUAUGGUAGGAUGUGAGUACAGUGUAGAUAAACCUAGGCAUUGAGUGAGGAAGUGAGAGGUUUUGUCUCUAGAGGCACCAUUUAAGCCAGGUGAGGUCACCGCAUGUGUUGGGUGUGGAACAAAAGGACUAAAUAAGGCAUAUUGAGCUGGGCUGGAGGCUCUACAGUGAAAUAAGACGAUCACUAACCAAAAUGUCAGUAGACAAGGCAUAUUGACAUUAGGGAGAGGCAUGUGUAGCUGAGUGAUCAUAGGGUCCAGUGAGUAGCCAGGCGAGCUGGAGACAUGGCGAUUCAGACAGCUAGCAGGCUGGGGCUAGCAGUAGGGCCUGCGGGGGACGUCGCAACGCAAGAGCCUGUAGAAACCCCCUCGGACGGUGUCGUCGGCAGAUCAGUCAUAAUGGAUCGGCAGUGCUCCGUGUCGGGAGGUUAGCUCCAGGCUAACUGGUACUUGCUUCGGUACAGAGACGUUAGCCAGGAGUAGCCACUCGGAUAGCAGCUAGCUAGCUGUGAUAAUCCGGUGUAAAGGUUCAGAGCUUGUAGUAGGAUUCCGGAGAUGUGGCAGAGAAAAGCAGUCCGAUAUGCUCUGGGUUGAUAUCGCGAUGUGCAGACUGGCAGGAAUUUACCGGGCUGAGGCUGGCUUAUGUCCAAGCUAACUGACUACUAGCUAGUUAGCUGGCUAGCUACUGAUUGGUGUUCCAAUUCUAAAGUAUAAAAAAAUUCAGAUCCGUACCACAUUUGGUGAGGCAGUUUGCUGGAGAGUAUGUUCAGUCUGUAGAUGGAAAUUGAGAUUUAAAUAUAUAUAUAUUUAUAUGAUAACUGGAUUUACCCGGUACAAGACAAAAACAGAAGUCCGACAGCUACUCGAUCUUGGAACAGAUGUUUAGUUGUUGGAAGUGUGUGCUUAGUGUUUUUCUUUUGUUCUGUGUAGCGCUGUAUUUUUCGUGGCGUCGUUACGUCAUCUACCUACAUUAUAUAGGUAUGCACGUCAGCUUUGAAAUCGGUUUUGCACAUCGUCGUUAAGCUAGACAUAGGGCCAAUGCCGAUGUUGGCAUUUUUAGUUAAUAUUGUCCGAUUUCCGAUAUGCUCACAGAUCUAUCUUGCAUCCCUAGUUGCAACCAAUCAGGACCACUUGAAGGGAAGAGCGAGACUGUAACCAAGCAUUCUAUCCAUUUUUAUUUUGGGGGGUGAUCUUCCAGCACAGGUGGAAACCAUUUUACCUAGGUUUUUGUUCUAUUGUCAUGAUUCAAGCCGUGUUACAAAUUGCAUGUAGGCUUUAUGUAGAGCUGAAAGGAAUGGAUAUCCCAGGUAUAACACAUUUUGUAAUAUCUCCACCAUGCCUGAGAGACUUCUGAAUUAUUUUCAUUUUGCUUACACUAUCUACUCCGCUUAGAUCUACACAUGUGCAUAGGGGCUCAAAGCUGAUGGAUAGGAUUUACAUUUCUUUCUACACUUAACAUAUUUCUGUAACAGUUCCCUUGAUCUGCUGUUCAGCCAGAAUCAUGCCAUGUUUUCUAAGAGUGAAGCUUGUCUGAACUGCACCAUCAAUAGGGGGAGGAAAUGGACACAUUUUCAUAUUGUCUACUUUUCAUCUGGUAAAUUGUCUGUUUUAUAGUUUUUUUGCUCCUGUUUAUAUUAACCUUUUUAUUGCUUAUAAAAAAUGAGGUAUUGAAUUGACUUGAGGUUUUAAUUUUGUAUCUGUGAUAUUGACAUUUAGAUGAGUAAUUCACUCGUGGAAUAGCUAUUGGACUUGGCUGGACUCUAUUUGCACAUGGGAAGAUGAAACGUAAUAAUUUAUAUUUGUACAUUUUUGUGCGUUCCAUUUAUUAAAGAUGUUAUUGCCUUUUGA